CAACUGGCGACGAGGAUGGCAGAAAGUAAAUCAAAAGGUAACCAAAAAGUUAACCCACAAGAUCGUCCGCACGUACCACCUAAUUUCAUAGAAUUUUAUGAAGGGAAACAAACCAGAUUCAGCAGGUGGUUGGACAGGUUAGAGGGAGCAUAUACAAUAUUUGGAAUUCAGGAUGAAGACAUCAAAGUGGCCUAUUUUCUGCACUAUAUUGGUACUGAGGUACAUGACACGUUGUGCGACUUGUUGUCGCCGGCGGAGCCAAGGACACAAACGUAUAGUAAUCUUAAGAAGAUACUGCUAGAUCACUUUGACCCUCAACCCCUGGAAAUUGCAGAAUAUUAUACAUUCCACCACAGACAGCAACAGGAAGGCGAAUCGGCUCGUGAAUACCUGGCAGCUUUACGUAAGAUGGCGGCCACAUGUGGAUUCGGACCAUUCCUCACAACAGCAUUGCGAAAUCAGUUUACCUGCGGAAUUGCAGACAAACGUGUGCAGGGAAAAUUGCUUGAAGUGAAGGAAUUAACCCUUGAGACAGCACUUCAAAUUGCAGUGGGGGCUGAAACACGUAAAAUCUCUGAAAACUCUAACACAAUAAACAAAGUCACAAGGAUUACUACAAGUAAGUCAUUAGUCUGCUAUCGGUGUGGAGGUCCACACUUUGCGAAUAAAUGCCGACAUUUAGAUGCGGAAUGCAGUUAUUGCAAGAAGAAAGGACAUUUGAAGAGAUCGUGUUUAAAACUGAGAAGAGAGACAAAAGAGUGCAAUGCAGUAGAAGAACAAGAAGAAUACCAGGUACAGUGUAUUAAUAAAGUGGAUUCUGACAAAAUCAUUAUUAAAACAAAAAUAAAUGGAAUACCUACUAAUAUGGAAUUAGACAGUGGAGCUGCAGUAUCAAUUAUAGAACACAAUGAGUUUCUUAGAAAAUUCCCUUUUCUUAAAUUGGAAAAAACAAAAAUUAGGUUGCGUUCUUAUUCUAAUAAUUUAUUACAUGUUGUAGGAGUUGCUACCGUAGAGGUGGAGAUACAAAAUGAAAAGCAGAGAAACCUGAAGCUGUUCGUGGUAUCUGAUGUGGACAACAACACCCCUUUGUUUGGUCGUCAGUGGCUACGUCAUUUUUUCCAAGGUAGAAUAACUGAUAUCUUAAAGGUAAACUCAGUAAAUUUUAGUAAUGACUCUAACAACCAUGCACUAGGCAGCUUAUUAAAGAAAUAUAGCAUAUUAUUUGAUGACUCUUGUUUAGGUGAAAUAAAAGGAGAACCUGUGUCAAUUCAAUUAAAAGAAGGAGCAAAGCCAACAUUUUUUAGAGCAAGGCCUGUACCUUUUGCCUUGCGAGACAAAGUAGGGAGAGAGCUAGAUAGAUUAGAAAGACAAGGUAUUUUAUUAAAGGUUGAUUAUAGUGAGUUUGCCACACCUAUUGUUGCAGUACCAAAACCAAAUGGCGAGGUUCGCAUUUGUGGUGAUUUUAAGGUCAGUUUAAAUUCUCAAAUAGUAGUAGAUGAACACCCUCUGCCUACUACAGAGGAAUUGUUUUCGGGACUUGCUGGUGGGGAAAAAUUCUCCAAAAUUGACUUAAAAUGUGCGUACCUACAAUGGAAAGUCCGGGAAAAGGAUCAAAAAUAUCUCACUCUUAACACACAUAAAGGACUUUAUAAAUGUACACGCUUAAUGUAUGGUUUAAACUGUGCACCUGCAAAAUGGCAAAGGAAAAUAGAAAAUAUAUUAAAAGGUAUACCAGGGAUAGCUGUAUUCAUCGAUGACAUUCAAAUUACUGCGGAAAAUGACAAAGUUCAUUUAGAGAGAUUAGAAUUAGUGUUUUCUAGACUUGCAGAAUAUGGAUUAAAGAUUAAUUUAACUAAAUCAAGCUUUUUACAAAAAGAAAUAGAAUAUUGCGGUUACAAAAUAAGUAAACUAGGGAUACAUAAGUUACCCUCUAAGAUAGAUGCGAUACAAAAAGCCCCACCACCCAAAAACAUUACAGAACUAAAAUCGUUUUUAGGGUUAGUAAAUUAUUAUGGGCGAUUUUUAGGGAACCUAGCCACAACACUUGAACCGCUACAUAAACUACUCAGACUUGAAACAAAAUGGGAGUGGACGAUUGACUGUGACAUAGCUUUUAAAAAAAUAAAAAAGGAAAUGCAAUCUGACACUUUUCUUGUACACUAUUCUACAAAAUUACCAAUUAUUUUGGCAACUGAUGCUUCGCCAAUAGGAGUAGGUGCAGUUAUAUCACAUGUCAUGCCAGAUGGCACUGAAAGACCAAUACAAAUGGCAUCACAAACAUUAAGUAAAACACAAAGAAAAUGGUCUCAAAUUGAUAAGGAAGCAUAUGCUAUAAUAUUUGGAGUCAAGAAAUUUUUUCAAUAUUUAUAUGGCAGAAAAUUCACUUUGCUGUCAGACAAUAAGCCAUUAGUUCAAAUUUUUGCUCCAAACAAACCAUUACCACACAUGUCGGCUACUCGAAUGCAACAUUAUGCCAUAUUUUUACAAACUUUUAACUAUGAGAUAAAAUAUAAAUCUUCUAAAGAAAAUAGUAAUGCUGAUGGGUUGUCACGUUUACCAAUUCAAAUGAAAGAAACAAACUUAUGUGAAGAAUCUGAUAUUAUUGAAAUAAAUCAGAUCACAACCCUACCAAUAACAGUACAAGAAUUAGCUGCUGAAACUUGUAAUGAUGUGCAAUUAAAAAUACUAUUGGAAAAUUUAUUAUUAGGUAAAAAACUAUCUCCUAAAGACAGAUUUAACAUUGACCAAAGUGAAUUUUCUGUUCAAAGCGGAUGUAUUAUGAGGGGCCAAAGAGUAGUAAUACCGGUGAAUUUAAGGAAGAAAGUUUUACAUGAUUUACACAGUGGCCAUUUCGGUAUUAACAAAAUGAUACUCCUCGCUCGAAGUUUUUGCUGGUGGCCAGAGAUAGAUGAUGAUAUUAAAUUAAUGGUAGACAACUGUAUAGCUUGUUGCAAACAAAAAAAUAACCCAAAACAAGUAGAGAAACACCACUGGGAAUAUCCCUCAGAACCAUUUGAGCGAGUUCAUAUUGACUUUGCAGGUAAAUUUUUAGGUAAAUAUUUCUUUUUAUUAAUUGAUGCUUAUUCGAAAUGGCCAGAAAUUUACAUAAUUAACAAAAUUGAUACAGAUAGCACGAUAAAAACUUUAGAUGAAAUAUUUUCUAGAUUUGGUUAUCCUAAAGUUCUAGUUAGUGAUAAUGGAACUCAAUUCGUAAACCCAAAAUUUGCUGCGUUUUUAAAACAGCGAGGAAUAUUUCAUAAGAGAUCGGCCCCUUAUAACCCAGCCACAAACGGGCAAGCAGAGCGACACGUUCAAAUAUUAAAAAACAAGUUAAGAUCGUUAAAAGCUAACAACAAUAAUAUUCACGAAAAACUAAAUCAUUUUUUACAUCAGUACAGAAUUACCCCUCAUACUACUACAAAAAAAUCUCCAGCUGAUUUACUUUUUUCCUACAAAGUCCGGUCACGGUUGUCACUAUUGUUACCCAAACCAAACGUCAAUAAUGGACAAAAUAAUCACAAUGUGUUAAGAAAAUUACAGGUAGGGGACCGAGUUAUAGCUAGAAAUUACAGUGAUCGGGAAAAAUGGAAAUUUGGUACUAUUUUGAAUAAAUUAGGCUCAUUACACUAUACAGUUGAACUAGAUUCUGGGGAGAGAUGGCGUAGACACAUAAAUCAGAUAAGGGGAGUCGGCAGUCAGAUACCAAAACAGCAAUUUAGACCAAUAAAUGACUAUGACUAUAUUUCUAAUGAUAAUUGCCCUAGCAGUAGUUUUAUAUAUAAGCCAACCGAUUGUAACUCAGAAGAGAGGGUUGAAGCAACCAAUGAUAAAGUUGAGAGUACUAAUAAUAAUUCUGCUAAUGUUGAAGCAAACAAUCAAAAUUUUGAUAAUACUAGCGAUGAUCACAGUGAUAAUUGUAUUGCUCAACCUUCUGUUCUGGGAGGAAGAGAUGAAUCUCAGAUACCGUUACUUAAUGAUGAGGGUAGAAAUAACACAGAGAGUGAAGCGGUCCCUUUACGAAGAAGUACUAGAAUAAAAAGAAAAGUUGUUAAAUUAAACCUAUAAUAGAGUAAGAAAGUACUAUACUAAGUUUUGUUAUUUAAUGCAUAAUAUUAGAUUAGAUACAGUUAUUAGUUCUUGAAAUAAAAGCUUAGCAUUUUUGUAACAGAAAUAAAUGUUGUUGGGGGAAGACUGUUAUAUCCGUAGCAUUAUCAAGUGAGUUAAAUAGAGUACAACAGCGUUCUGUCAUAGAUUACAAAUCUAAUUGGGUCUUUGGUCUAUGACAGGACCGGCCAUUGCUAUGCUCAUUGCUUUCACUGCUAUGUACGAUGUGUGAAUUUUCAACUAAGUACUUUAAUUAUUGGAAAUACAGGAAACCUCUGUUCAUCAA